CACCACUCCGCUGCAAUCCGGUUCUUGCCCUUCCACGCGCACCAAUUUCCCCCAUUUCUUGCGCGGAAAGGUCGACGGAGAUGCGCCUAGUUCCCAGCCCCGAUCGUUCAGCUGUCGCGCCGGCGCUCAGGAUUCAAGAAACCCCGCCGAACCUGCCGUUCUUGCGCGACCAGGCCACAGAUCCAGCUCGGAGCGGCUCGUCGAGAGCCAGUGCGGGAUCCAAGCUCUAGCGCGCGAUCUCCGAGCGGCGGCGCACCCAUCGGAGAUCUCGCGCGGGAGCGGGCAAGCCGACAAGAAGAUGUCGCCUCAGCCGCCCCGCGACGACCUCCCCGGGGACAGGGGGGAGGCCAAUGUGCUCAUCGAGGAGGGUCCGGGGUCGCCGCCGGCCAAGGACGCGGGGGCGGGCGGCUGGGCGCUGUCCCCGGUGGCGUGGUUCCGGAUGCUGGUCAGGGAGCUGCACUGGAGCUUCGUGCUCGGCGUGGUGGCCACCUACGGCAUCAGCCAGGGGCUCGGCGGCGGCAUCUCGCGCGUCGCCUCCGACUACUACUGGAAGGACGUGCAGAAGGUGCAGCCGUCGGCGGCGCAGGUGUACCACGGCGUCACCUCCAUCCCGUGGCUGGUCAAGCCGGUCUGGGGCCUGCUCACCGACGUGCUCCCCGUCGCCGGCUACCGGCGCCGGCCCUACUUCGUCCUUGCAGGCAUAAUGGGAGUGAUUGCCAUGCUUAUAGUCUCUCUCCACAGCAAGCUUCAUGUGAUGUUCGCAUUGUUGGCAUUGAUGUCUGGGAGUGCAAGUGUAGCAAUAGCUGAUGUAACUAUAGACGCCUGUGUGGCCGAAAACAGUCUAAUACACCCUCAUCUCGCGGCUGACAUGAUGAGCUUAAAUGGCUUCUGUUCAUCUGUUGGAGGACUUAUUGGAUUCUCAAUAAGUGGUUUUCUUGUUCAUGCAAUUGGAUCACAGGGAACCCUUGGCAUUUUAACUAUACCUUCUGCCUUGGUAAUUUUAGCUGGAAUACUGCUAAAGGAUGUCCAUAUCCCCAACUUCCCAUACGGUCAGGCUCAUAAGAAGUUUGUAGAAGCCAGUGGAAAAAUGUUAAUGACCUUAAAAUGCCCUGAAGUAUGGCGGCCAUGUUUUUACAUGUACAUGUCGCUUGCUCUCAGUGUGGAUAUUCAAGAAGGAAUGUUCUACUGGUACACAGAUCCAAGUGCAGGGCCAUCUUUCUCUGAGGGAUUCAUUGGGUUUUUCUUCGCAAUUGGUUCGGUGGGAUCUCUUGUUGGAGUUAUACUUUAUCAAAAUAUUCUUAGGGACCACUCUUUUCGCAGCGUCCUUUGUUCAAGUCAGUUGCUACUAAGCCUGUCAGGAAUGCUUGAUCUGAUUUUGGUACUUCGUCUAAAUCUAAAAAUUGGGAUACCUGAUUACUACUUCGCUGUGAUUGACGAGGGGGUCGCCAAAAUGAUCAACCGCAUUAAGUGGAUGCCUCUUUUGGUGCUCAGCUCAAAGCUUUGCCCACCUGGCAUCGAGGGCACAUUCUUCGCGCUGCUCAUGUCCAUUGACAAUAUUGGCGUGCUGUCGGCAUCAUGGAUCGGUGGGCUACUCCUUCAUUUGUUAAGGAUCACAAGAACAGAAUUCAAAAACCUCUGGGCCGCGAUCUUGAUCCGAAAUGUGAUGAGGCUAUUACCGUUGGCACUGCUAUUCUUGGUGCCAAGAAGUGACCCGAAUUCUAACAUACUUCCUGCUGAUUUGCUGGCUUUGGAUGAUGAUGCUGAGGCUCGCCAGGUAGAGAACGUUGAGCUUACCUCUCUUACCGUUGACAAGAAUCCAAGCACCGAUGGUUCGCUCCAGGAAUGCAAAAAUCAGGAGCAUCUUGAUGUAGGACAAGAUGACGACGAGGCUUCCUUACUUGCCAACAGGGGUUGAUGGACCAUAUACAUUACACAGACAUAUAGUUGAAAAAGAUCACAAAAAUAGCAUUAUGUUGUUUCUAGUUGUUCAUGUUGUUGUAUUCAUUCGUUUUACAUCAGGGUAGAAAAUCAUGAAAUGUCAGAUAGCACGGAUACUUCGAAGUUUGAUAUUGAUUUCUUCUUUAGGCCGUGCUUGGAUUGGAUGUAUUUCAAUACGGAGGUGUAUAACUUACACCUGUAAUUUACUGUCCGUUGUGCAAAUUUCAGUCGGAAGUGAAA